GGCAGACACCAAUCAUUCUUGGCCAUUGAUUCACAACGAUUGAGUAACGAUGCUGAAUAAAGCUGUAAGUGCGUUUUGGUUGUUUUCAAGCGUCGUUUCUGCAGCUGUAUUCAUCGAACGGGAGGAUGCGCAUGUGUUGUUUCACAGACACAAACGAGCGAACUCAGGCUUCUUCGAAGAACUAAAACAAGGCAACCUCAAGCGCGAAUGUAUCGAGGAAAUAUGUAAUUACGAAGAGGCCCGUGAGGUUUUUGAGGAUGAGGACCAAACAAAACAAUUUUGGAUGAACUAUAAUCGCCGCGACCCCUGCCUGAUCAACCCAUGCCUCAAUAAUGGAGUGUGUAUUUACAUGGCUGACUCCUACACCUGCCAAUGUCCUGAGGGAUUUGAGGGGAAAUACUGUCAAACUGUGUUUGAGGACACUCUGAAGUGCCUUUAUCAGAAUGGGGGUUGUGAACACUUCUGUGAUGGUUCAGGACCACAGCGUAAGUGUGCGUGUGCCCCUGGUUAUGCCCUGGGUGAAGACGGAAGAGAAUGUGUUGCUCAAGUCCAAUUCCCAUGUGGAAGAAUUCCUAAACCUGUGAAUCAAACUAAAGAAACACAAACUAGGCUAGUUGGAGCAUCCCAUUGUCCAAAAGGACAAUGCCCUUGGCAGAUCCUUCUGGAGCUUGAAGGGCUCAGCCAUUGUGGGGGGGUUCUAGUCCACCCAGACUGGGCCAUCACUGCUGCCCACUGUGUCCACAUGAAAGACCCUGAGGAUAUGGUAGUGGUGACAGGGGAACACAACUUGGAGGUGGAGGAGGGAACCGAGCAGAGGAUGCACAUCACCACGGUGAUCCCCCACCAGCUUUAUGACCCGGCGACAGGUGACAGUGACAUCGCCCUGCUGCAACUGAACCAGUCUGUGUCCCUUGACACCCACUCUGUGCCUGUCUGCCUGCCACAGCAGUCAUUUGCCAAGAGCGAACUGGCGGCUGUUCGCUUCCACACUGUCAGCGGUUGGGGUAAGCGCACAAUUGGGGGUAACACACCAACCUCCCAACCUGGCAACCCACAGGCCCCUUCUUCACCCGUCCUUCGUAAGCUAGCUGUGCCUAUUUUGCCCAACACUGAUUGCAACAUAAAAAGUGGGUUCAACUUCACAAGCAACAUGUUGUGUGCUGGGUACAUGCAAGGUAACCAAGAAGCCUGCAGGGGGGAUGAUGGGAGUCCUCUGGUCACCCAGUAUGGGAACACCCACUUCCUGAUGGGCGUGGCUGGAUGGGGGAGGGGCUGCCCCCAGCCAGGGUACUAUGGGGUCUACACCAAUGUAGCCAACUUCCUGGAGUGGAUUGAGGCAACAAUGAAAUUCUCUCCUACUGUGAGUGUGACCAAUGAAAAGCAGGGGGAGAUUAUGGUCAUCGGAGGUCAGGAACUUCAAAGAACAAUGAAAGCACCAAUGACGAUGUCCCCUGAUAUGCUUGAACAGAAAAUAGUGUAACUUUUGUCCUGUAGUAUGUUGAUUUGUAUUACCCUAACCCUAUUGCAAUUCAAGCGUGAAUCUAGGUUCCCACUUUUGGGGGGGCUAAGCCCCUAGAUAAAACCUAUAAUUUUUCCUGUGUCCCAGCAAAACGAGGCGGGUCUGGGGGCAUGUUCCCCCAG